UCACAACUUGAAUCUAAAUAAAUGAGCAGUGACCAUAAAAAUAAACUUUUACCCAACUCAGGAAUUGAGGAAAACCAAGUUGAUCCCAAUCACGAUCCUGCUACUGCCAUCUUACGUCGUAAGGCAGCACCCAAUAAAUUGAUGGUCGAUGAUGCUACAAACGACGAUAAUUCUGUUAUUACACUUUCAACUGCUACCAUGGAGAGACUUCAGCUCUUCAGAGGUGAUACAGUCAUUGUUAAAGGAAAGAAGAGAAGAGAUACAGUUCUUAUUGUUUUAGCUGAUGAUGAGAUGGAAGACAAUAAGGCAAAAAUUAACAAGGUUGUUCGUAACAACUUGCGUGUUCGCCUCGGUGAUAUCCUUACCCUUCACCCUUGUCCUGACAUCAAAUAUGGUAAACGUAUCCAUGUCCUACCUAUCGACGAUACUGUCGAGGGAUUGACCGGUAAUCUUUUCGAAACUUUCUUAAAGCCAUACUUUUUGGAAGCAUACAGACCCGUUCGUAAGGGCGACACUUUCCUUGUUCGUGGUGGUAUGCGUGCUGUUGAAUUUAAGGUUGUUGAAACUGAUCCUGAGCCAUACUGUAUUGUUGCACAAGACACAGUAAUUCACUGUGAAGGAGAACCUAUCAAACGUGAAGAUGAAGAACAAAGCUUGAAUGAGGUUGGUUAUGAUGACAUUGGUGGCUGCCGUAAGCAAAUGGCACAAAUCCGUGAACUUGUCGAAUUGCCCCUUCGUCAUCCUCAACUGUUCAAGUCUAUCGGUAUCAAGCCUCCUCGUGGUAUUCUUAUGUUCGGUCCUCCUGGUACAGGUAAAACCUUGAUUGCCAGAGCAGUCGCCAAUGAAACUGGUGCCUUCUUUUUCUUGAUCAACGGUCCUGAAAUUAUGUCAAAGAUGGCUGGUGAAUCCGAAAGUAACCUUCGAAAGGCUUUCGAGGAAGCAGAAAAGAAUGCACCUGCUAUUAUUUUCAUUGAUGAAAUUGAUGCGAUUGCACCUAAACGUGAAAAGACUAAUGGUGAGGUAGAACGUCGUGUUGUUUCACAAUUACUCACUUUAAUGGAUGGUAUGAAGGCUCGUUCAAAUGUCGUUGUUAUUGCAGCUACGAACAGACCCAACUCUAUCGAUCCUGCUCUUCGUCGUUUUGGUCGUUUCGACCGUGAAGUCGAUAUUGGUAUUCCUGACCCCACUGGCCGUUUGGAAGUUCUUCGUAUUCACACAAAGAACAUGAAAUUGGACGAUGAUGUCGACCUGGAACAGAUUGCUUCUGAAACACAUGGUUAUGUUGGUGCCGAUAUUGCUUCACUCUGUUCCGAAGCUGCUAUGCAACAAAUUCGUGAAAAAAUGGAUCUUAUUGAUCUAGAAGAAGAAACGAUCGAUACCGAGGUUUUGGAUUCAUUAGCUGUUACUAUGGAAAACUUCCGUUAUGCUUUGGGCGUUUCCAAUCCUUCUGCUCUCCGUGAAACUGUCGUUGAAGUUCCCACUACUAAAUGGUCCGAUAUCGGUGGCCUUGAAAACGUUAAGCUCGAAUUACAAGAAACUGUUCAAUAUCCUGUUGAACAUCCUGAAAAGUUCUUGAAGUUUGGUAUGAGCCCUUCCAAGGGUGUGCUGUUCUAUGGUCCUCCUGGUACUGGUAAAACUAUGCUUGCCAAAGCUAUUGCCAAUGAAUGUCAAGCCAACUUCAUCUCUAUUAAGGGUCCUGAACUAUUAACCAUGUGGUUCGGUGAGUCAGAAGCCAACGUACGUGACGUUUUCGAUAAAGCUCGUGCUGCUGCCCCUUGCGUCAUGUUCUUUGAUGAAUUGGAUUCUAUUGCUAAAGCCCGUGGUAGCUCUGCUGGCGAUGCUGGAGGCGCUGGUGACCGUGUUCUUAACCAAAUUCUGACUGAAAUGGAUGGUAUGAAUGCUAAGAAGAAUGUUUUCGUUAUUGGUGCUACAAACAGACCCGAUCAAAUCGAUCCUGCCUUGUUGCGUCCUGGUCGUCUCGAUCAACUCAUCUAUAUUCCUCUUCCUGACGAGACGUCUCGUUUAUCUAUUUUAAGCGCACAGUUACGUAAAUCACCUGUCGCUCCUGACGUCGAUUUGAACUUUAUUGCCAAGCAUACACAAGGUUUCUCUGGUGCUGACCUUAGUGAAAUAUGCCAACGUGCAGCCAAACUCGCUAUCCGCGAAGAUAUUGAGAAGGAUAUUGCUAGAGAAAAGGAGCGCAGGAUGAAGGAAGAAGCUGGCGAAGAUGUAGGUAUGGAAGAUGACGAAGAAAAUGAAACUCCAGCAUACAUUACUCGUGCUCACUUUGAAGAAGCUAUGCGUUUCGCUCGUCGCUCAGUAAGUGAUGGCGAUAUCCGUCGUUAUGAAGUCUUUGCUCAAAAUCUUCAACAACAACGUGGUUUCGGUACAUUCAAAUUCCCUGAAUCAAAUGCUAAUGCUUCUGGAGCUCAAGCUAUGGACGGCGUGAGUGGGGAGAGCGGAUUUGGUCAAGAAGGUGGCGAUGAUGAUUUGUAUGCAUAGUUUAGAUAAUCACUGUUCAGUAUAGUAUUUUUCUUUUUUUUCCCCUCUCUUUUUCUAGUUACCUACCACUUUCCUUUUUUCCUUUUUUUUUGCAAUUUUAAAACCUUUUAUUCCAUCAAUAAUCCAACAGAAGAGAAAUAAAAUACACGAAAGUAUUAUAAAAAAGUACAACGCAUUUCAAAUCAGAUUACGAUGAAUAGUGAUUUUAAAUUUG